CUGACAGGGUCCCUUCUUAGGAUUGGCCUUCAUAAAUAAUAAAUGAGAAAUCCAGACUCGCCUAGCUGACCCUACAUCGCCUUGGAGCCUCCUAUGUGCCAAGGACGAUGAGCUCCCAGAAAGAACAUCCCACCUAGUCAAUCUCCUGACCCUCCAAACAUAACCUGUUACACCUACCCUGAAGCCUAACUGGAUCUGUCCUCAGACCAGGCCAUUCCUGGCCACUGCCACUUCUGAACCCUGGACCAAGCAACGAGAAAGGGGCCUCGUUUAUAGUGGAUGUUUGCCUUUUCUGUGAUUGGAUGUUUUGUUGAUGCCCUCUUCUUGCUUCUUGAAGUUUAUCAUUCCAUGAUGUGCUUGUGGUUCAUUCAUGGUUUGUAAAAUAUAGUUAACUAAUCUAGUCAUAUUGCUUUCUGUAUGUCAAGUCUAGAGAUAUAUUAUUUUUGUAAUUUUAUUUAGAUGUUAUGCUGUCCUCUUUAGAUUAUUAUUAUUAUUAUUAUAUCAUCCACAAUGGAGAAGCUGCCUAAAGUUCCCUCUCGAUCCAACUCUCCUGUGAAGAGUGCAAGGAAGGGAGACCAAAAAGUCCAGUUCUCUGAUGAAACUGACCUAAGGCUACGAGGAAAUAAAGUAUGUGGUAAGCCACCCGAAGUUCCUCGAGCUCCUCCAUAUGGCCGAAGUAGUAGUAGACUUAGUGGGAGCAGUAGUAUCAGCAGCAGCAGCAGCAGCAGCUGCAGUAGCUCUAGUACUAGCAGAGGAAGUAGUGGAGGAGGUAGCAGUUCUGUUUUAGACCGGCCAUCUGGAAGGGUAGUUGACUCUUCAAAAUGGACGUCUUCACUGGACCGUAAACGAUCAGGGUCAGUAAGAAGUAAAACCUCUGACCAUCCCCAAAGAAGUGAUAUUAAUCGCAGUCUUUCAUUAGACAGAAGAAGAGCUGAAAACACUCGCAGGGAAAGUGCAAGUCCUAACAGUUCAAGUACAGAAAGAAAGAGAAGAGAGUGUGAAAGUAAAGACAUUCAAAGUAAAGAGAAGAAAACAAAGACCAGAACCCCAGGGCCAUCUCAUAGCAGGAGUUUCUCAGGGGAACGCCCAAGGCUUGCAGGCCGGCAGAGGAUGGCUCCUCCAACUGUAUCUCAAAGCUCAAAGAGUGAGCACCAUAAGAAGGAAAAUAUUUUAGAACAAAAGCUCCCUCUCCAGAAUGAUGAUAAAAACACAGGCAAAGUUAAAAAUCGCUUCAGUAUGGAUUGGGCAGAGAAGAUGAAGCGUGCUGGCUCCAGGAGUCCACACAGAAAUCAUCUAAAUGGAGAAGGAUCUGGGAGAGAAGACAAAGAAAAUGAGAAAAUGAGAGAUAAAGGAAGAGAAUCUAAAGGUUACGAUAAGAAGGAAAGAGGAAGAUCACUGAAACGAGAGAAUAGAAGCAACAAAUAUUCCUCUAGUGGAAAGCAUAGACACGAUGAAAUAAUAAUUGAUGGAGAUGUGAUGUGGUUGGGCAGCUGCAGCAAGAGGAAUGGUUACCUUCUCUUCAACUAUGCUAACCUAGAUGAUCCCCCAAGAGACUCCACUGCUAGGAAAUACAACAUGACAUUUAAAUUUUCACAGUCGGAUUCCAAGCUCAUCCGCAUGUUGAUGGAGGCCCACGGCUUUACUGAAGUAGAGAGCAGUAGUUCUUUCUUCAGCUUGUACUGGGGAAAUGCCCACUUCAACCCAAAUGAGAUUCGACAACUCCAAGACUGGCAAAAGGUCAAUCAUUUUCCUAGGUCUUCAGAGCUAACAAGAAAAGAUCGCUUAUACAUGAACAUCAAACGAAUGCAAAGGCAAUUUGGUGUCAAGCUCUUCGAUUUUAUUCCUACCAGCUUUAUUCUCCCUACAGAAUAUAGGGAUUUCUGUGAUACUCACUUACGUGAACGUGGAACUUGGAUUGUUAAGCCAGUGGCCUCGUCACAGGGCAAGGGAAUAUACUUGGUCAGUCAAGGGAUCAGGUUUCCCGCAGACGAGACUUUCCUUUUUGUGCCGCUACUUGAAUCGCCCCUGCUUGUGGGUGGGGACAAGUGUGAUCAGGUUAUAGUUGGUGUGACAUCCCCGGAUCCACUUGUAUUAUCUCGGGAAGGCUUGGGGGCCCCGGCAACCGUCAAAUACAACAGGCAAAAAUUUUGGAACCCCUGCAUUUACCUCACUAAUUACUCGGUCAACAAAUUCCAUUCAAAUUUUGUUCAAAAUGAAGAUCCAGAGGUGGACGACCAAGGAAACAAAUGGUCUCUGAGUGCUUUUCUACGGCACUUGAAGAGUCAAGGAAUUGAUACUGGUGCUCUGAUGCGGUCUAUUGAAGAUGUAAUCAUCAAAUCUUUGCUUGCUGCAUCCUAUCAGAUGAAUACUGCAACCAACAUGUUUGUUCCACACACUCGCAACUGCUUUGAGUUAUAUGGGUUUGACAUUUUAAUUGACAGUCAGUUAAAACCCUGGGUGCUGGAAGUCAAUUUAUCUCCAUCCCUCAACAUUGACCAGCCUCUGGACUUGAAAAUCAAGUCGGCCAUGCUUGCCGACCUUUUCUCUUUAGUUGGCAUCCAAGUGAUGAAUCCCUAUACUGCCAAAAUGUCUUCACGUCCUUCUGUUUUCCGUAAAUUGCCAUUUCUACGUUAUUCAACAGACGCUUAUGAUAGAACUCAGUAUGUCAGGGGAGGCCCAGUUGUUCCAACUGCAGAGGAGUUGCGCAUUGUCCGGCAGGUUCACGAAGAAUAUGAACGGAAGGGUGGAUGGGCCCGCAUAUACCCCACGCCAGACUCAUGGUCACUGUAUGGGGGCUUACAAGAAUAUGAUAGUCCACUCAAUUUGAUUCUUCAUUAUCACUUGUACCCACAGAUUCCUCGCACUAAUAGAUAUGGCAGAGUGGCACCCAGCCGAAUGUCAGGAGUAUCUAGUAGUGGGCUAGCAUCCUCCUUGGAACGUCUCACCUGCUACGAGCGUGGUUUGCCCAAAGGUCUUGCUUUCUUCAAGAACAAGAAAAACUUGGGGUCGAGCAAGAAGGACGAUAAGUCAAUUUGCCGGGAUUUGAAGCAAGUCAAGGCCAGUGUCAUGAAAGCUCUGGAGAAUGGACUUGCUCUUAGCAAGUAUCAGGCUCGCAUGGCAUUUUCAGUGUACUUGCAACAUGUUCAGAGAAGGCUCAUGAUUGGCUGUGAUGAAGAAAAGCAAACAGAUUUAGUUUACCGCUUCCUAAGAUCUGCAUCUCGUACACUUCACACUCCUAUGAAUGUUCAGAAUCCUAGUAAAACAUUGCCAUCCGAAGCUCGAGCUGUUGUGAUUUCUAAGCAGCUCGGAGAUUUCAUUCAAGCUUAUACCAAGGAAACUCACAUUUACUUGGAUCAAGGAGUCUCGUCGUCAUGUUCCUCUCUCUCCUCUCAGUGCCCUACUACUGUAGCCACAUCAUCUGAGCCAUCCACUCCACAUGUUACUUCCCCACCAUAUACCUCCACAUUAUCCCUCAACUCACCACCUGCUGGGCCUUCAAUGUCUAGCUCUAUGAGUGCCUCAACUUCAUCCAUUAACAAUGCACCAGCAUCUGUCUGUGGCUCGACAUCUUCCAUCAAUAAUUCAGGUUGUGUCCCCAAAUCUGAAUCCUGUUCUCUUUCCAGUAGUCCUCCGCUUGUAAAAAAAUCAAAAUCCUCUGCAUCAAUUACCAGUUCUCCACAAGUUGUUGAAUCUGAUUCCUUGACUUCAGCCAACAACUCAAAUUUAGUGUCACUCUGUAGUUCCUCUGUGUCAAUUAACAGCACACCACCAAUGUAUCUGUCUUGCUCAACCACUUCAGUCUGUAGUCCACCCUCAGUGUCUUUGUCUGGCUCCUUUACAUCCAUUAAUAGUCCUCCUUCAAUUGCCUUUUCAGCUUCCUCCAAUUCCAUUUGCAGCCCUCAAUCUGUGUCAAUUACUGGUUCCUCCACAUCAAUAAAUUUUCUACCCCCUUCUAAAACACCUUCAUCUGUUUCAAUUUCAUCCCUCAACUCAGCAACUGAUAUUGGAGGUGAAAUAGCCACAUUGCCUCCAAGAGUACGAAGACUGAAAUCUGAUGGAGACACAGCUAUUCCCUUGAUAGAGGGAGAUGGCAGCAAAAUGUCUACAAGCUUAGAUUCAAGUGAUCUACAGAGGCAGACAAGUGAUCAGCAACAGGCCAAGGAUGAACACAUUACCAUGGAUCUGUACCGAGCCUUCAUGUCUAGUGCUGGGUAUUGCAAUACUGUAGUUAUGUUAAAAAAUUAUUAUCAAGAGCAUAGGAGUCAUACUCGGCCAACAGAACCCGUGACAAUUGAGCCCCAGUCUCGUCAGACGGAGUCCCGUCAAUUUGCUUGUUCCCAAGAACAGCAGCAGCAGCAACCGCAGCAGCAGCAACCGCAGCAGCAGCAACAGCAGCAGCAACAGCAACAGCAACAACAACAACAACAACAACAACAACAACAACAGCAACAGCAGCAGAGUACAAGUGAGGUUCCAACCACAUCCUCGACUGAUGCCAGCACAUCUCAGACACCCUCAUCUUCAUUACAGCAGCCUGCCACCACCACUGCCUCAUCUUGCUGUCUUUUUGGUAAUAUCCUUAAGGCCAGUUUGAAAGGAACUAAUGCAUCUUUUAUCUCAUGAAAUGCAAAAGGUAUAUAGCUUUGCUUUAGUUUUAGCAAGUAACUAUAUGUAUUGAUUCAUAUACUAUAUUAAUGACUACACUGAAUGGAAGAGUUUCACUUAGUGAUUUUUCUCCAGUCCAACUGUAAUAAGGAAUUUUUAUGUGAACUGAAAGCUUUAAUGUAUGUAUUGUGCAGCUAAAUUUUGACACAUCCUCUAAGCAUUGGCAAUAAAGGUACAAGGGGUUAAGGAUUCAUUGUGCAGUUACUGCACCUAGUGUUAAGUUAUGUAUAUUAAAGCUUAACUUAAAACAAGUGGGUUGUUCCAUUCAGACAACCUGUAAUGCCAUAAAUGCUUGCUGCAUAUACAUACUUAGGAUGUUGGUCAACCAAUGGGAUCUUGCUUUAACUGUGACUGUCUGAAUGAAAUUUCUAUGCAGUUCAAACUUAAAUUGUGUAAGAAUGUUUCGAUUCUUAUAAUUGUAUAUGAAGUGGCAGAUGAGAGGUCGUGGAAGUAAAUGAUUAGUCUUUAUACUUUUGUUGAUCCAUUUGAAUGCCUUAACACAGUUAAUGUUAAGAAUGUAGUCACUGAUAGUUCAAUCCUGCCAAAAUACUUUUGUUCAAAUCAUGCAAUAUUUUUGUUUUCUUUGGUGUUAAAUUGCUUUUAUCUAUUAAUAAAAGCAUGGAAACUGCUACCAGUGAGCAGUAUUCAGAAGUUGAUGUAGGCGUUCCAUUUUCAACUAUUCAAGCAUAAAUCACUGCCCUUUUCCCACUUACACUUCUUAGAUGCCUAGUAAUAUUGGUCAUUGCACUUGCAAAACAUAACUUAGUGCUUCUUUACCUGUUCAUUGUCAAGCAGUUGUUUUAUAUGUUAUCUAAAAGGUAUGAUUUAGACUGAGAACACAAAGAGGGUGCCUCAUUUUUUUCUCUUUGCUGUAGUAAACAUUGGAGCUUAGAAUACAGAUGGCAAGAAGAGAUGGGAUUAAUGGUAUUUGUAUUCAUUAUAAUUAUGUGCUAAACCUGUAUGGGUAACUUGGCACGUGGAGUGGUGGAGGCUUAUUCCUCUGUAUGGCAAGUGCAAGAUGCACGCUACUUAUUUAUAUUCACGUUCGGUGAUAUUUUUAGAGUAGUGUUCUAUGGCAAUUUUUAUAUAUGUACAUGUUACUAAUUCAAAUAUUGCUAAGCAGAUAUGGAUAAUCAUCAAAAAUAAUUUCAGACUUGUAAUAAGUAAAAGUGGAAAAUGAAAAAUUCUUCCCUUUGAACCUCCUGCACAUGUUCACAUCUGUGAAUGCUUCACUUUUCCACUAUCAACACCAGCGCAGUCAUUUUUCAAUUUAUACAAGUAAAAUUGUAUCCUGGUAGCUGGUGCAACUUUUAUUUACUAAACCACUCUGCCAGCAUUAACAUUUAUUUCUCAUACAAUUGCCACUGAAUUUAUCAGACUUGACAUUUACAUAAUUUUUUUUUUUACCUGAGAAUGUUGGCUUAUACUAAACAUCUCCCCACUUAGUUGAUUCGUUGUUGUCUGGCUAUAUACCAUAUACUCUAUCAUAUAAGCCUUUUUUUUUUUAAACCGUUAAAAGCUAUCUUACGUGUCCUACGUCAAAAAUAUUAUUGAGGAAGAAAAUAUGAAAAUUAUAUUUAAAACUAAUAUUUUGUUUAUGGGGAAGCUCUAAGCCCAUAAAUGUCAUGCAGCACCAGAAGAAUGGAAGUUGAGGAUACUAUAAUCACCCUCCUCCAUAACUGGCCACUACACAUCACCCCCCUCAACAACAUUCCACCACCUGCCACACUUCUAAAAUAUCUGAACUACAUUACUUUUUGAUCUUUGGCUUGAUUGCAGUAAUGCGUGUUUAGAGGCAGCGUUUCUGACAACUUCAACAUUUUUUUGUUUUUUUCCAUCUUCACUCCCUCACUUUUAUUAUGAAUGGUAUCCUCAUUACAAGAGUAAUAUAAUGGUAAUAGCAGUAGAGCGCAUGUAUGAUAGCAUGCACUAAAAGUUUUUCCACAAGUGCUUCUAAAAUUAGGAUGUGUGUGAUGUAAAGGUAUGUCUUGUGUGAUGGAAAUAAUGGUAAUUAUACAGUGGCAAUUAUUGUAUUUCAGACUGCACAUCCCACUGUAUGUCUGUAGGGAAGGUUCAUAUUAAACGAAGCAGCAGCUUUAUAUAUGCUGGACUAUAAAUCACCACAGUGUAUGUUAGAAUGUUAGUGUGAAGGAAAGAGGGGGAAAAAAGCAUAUCUGUAACAGGUUUCGAGGGUUCUACCCUCCCAAGCUGGCCAGAGGCUAGGCUACUUGUUGACUACCUAGUCAACAAGGCUGUUGUUGCUAGUGAGUGGCCUGCAGGCAUACAUAGCUAUCACUGCCUGGCUGUCCUGGCAAUCAUAGGAGAUAGUGGUCCAAUUUCCUCCAGAAAACUUGGAUAUUUGGGAGUUGAACUAAGGUUCUUGGCACUGUGUGUGAAAUUUAUCUGUGUAUUUAUUCUCAUUUUGAUCACCCAUUUUGCAACAUAGCUCUGGGAGCUUCAGCAUCUCAAAGAUAUUCUUUGUAAUGUUAUAUUAGUUCCUGUGAAUAGUUAAAGAUUUAUAUUCACUUAUUUAUGGUAAUUUAAUAUUCAUAGUUAUGUUCAAGAAUUAAAAGUAAUCAAAGUAUAUAAUAAUGUCAGAUGUUUAAUUUUAAAUAGAGCAAGACAUUCAAAAUGGCUGUUUUCUUGUUGAGAGUUUGAUUCAUUUACAUUUUGUAAAUAAUGAACUAAUGAUUCUUUCCAUAAUUUUUGUGACAAGUUCAAAUUUACUCUUCUGUCUUCAAAUUUUAAACAGUUUAUAUAGUCUUUGAAUCCAAGUAAUUAAAGUAUUUAUUUAUAUUAAAGUAUUAGAAAUUUAUUAUAUAAAUCUCUGCUAUAUUUUUGUACAGUACUGUAUUGGAGAGAUGUUUUGUUUACCAAACUACACACAGUAAAUUUGUCUCCAUCUUAAUGAUCUUCAGAGAUUGUCAGUCAUUUCCAGUAAGUGAGAGGAUUUUUAAGGUGAGACUGCAUGUGCUUAGGUGUGCAGAAAUAGCUUAUAGUGCCUGGCAGUGGUAAUAACUUGUCUCCUGAUUUACUCAUCAAACUCACUCACCUGCCAUAUUAAUUAUAAUGCAAAAUAAGACUGAAUAUUAUACUUUAAAAUUGUCAGAUUUUUUAUACUUGUGCAAUAUUUAGUACUGUGUAUUAGAAUUAGGGAUCUCUCACUUUUUCUCUACUUCAUUUCUAGACUAUAUAUUGAAAAUACCUGUUCAUACUGGCUUGAAACAAAGCUUCCAAUUGUAAAUGAACAAUAUUGUCUCCUGGUGGCUACUAUGGAAAGUAAAUUUUAUUUACCAGAAAUGAGAUGUAGUGGAUUGAGGGUUGAGGAUAGGUGAAGAGCAUGUCAUGACACCAUUGCUGGCAAAGUGCACAACUGACCUUCCAUUUGGAGAUUUUUGACAAGUAUUUUUGUCCAUCCUCAACUAUUGUUAAUUCACAACUGUUGUGGUUUGGUAAUGGUCCAGGACAAACAAAAGUAUCUAAUAUUUACUCCACAUUGUGGGUUAGCUGUGAAUGGAAGAUAGGCAAGUAGGUGUGUGCGCAUGUGUACAUGUGUGUGCGUGCAUGUAUGUGCUCGUGCGUGCAUGCAUGCACAUUGCAGCAACAGUGCACAAAGGAAGCUACACAUUGCACUAUACACAAUGCAUAAUACCUGAUGAUGUGCUGGAUGGUUUCAUCUCAGAUCACAUGCCCAGAAUUUGUUUUAACUUGGCAGGAGGAUACAGGAAAAUAUUAGCUAUUACUUACACACUAGCUGCCUUUCUUGAAGAGCUUAGGCAUCACUAAACAAGUGUUGAGCCACUAUACCUGACUCCAUUUUCUGUAUAUGUGCUUUUUACUUGUUAUCUUCCAAACCUCAAGUUUAGCUGAUAAGUAAGACACACAUGCAGUCCUCUGACCUUGUGUUUGGUUUAAAAUAGCAGCUUUGAGGUGUUUUCUAAGGUGGUUAUUAUGGUUUUAUUGACUGUUUCUUGGUAUCAGUUGAUAGAAUGAAAAACAUAUUUAUGAAAUAGAGAUGAUCUUGGUCAGUUUCAGAAUCAGAAGUUCGUAGCUGGAAAUUGGGCUCAGAGUAACGAAAGUGUUCAAUUUUUGGAGUUUCCUGAGGAAUGGUAGGGCUCCCUAUUACCCCCAAUCUGUUUUAUGGAUUUUUACUAGGUUCUGAUUUAAUUAUUAGAAUGCUGUAAACCAUGACAAAUCAUACCUGGUUAUAUUAUAUUAUGCAGGAUAUAGGGAGAAUCUUUGAUUUUUUGUUUGGUGAAGAAUUUAAAAUGGAAGACAAGCGUAAUAUAAGAGAAGCUUGGGGAUGUGAUUACUGCACAGAAUAAAGGCAUUUUAGUGCCUGUACUGUCUAUAGUGUUUAUUUUGGACAAUUUUAAACUGGAAUUUUUUUAAUUUUAUGUGAAAUUGGCCAAAUUUAUACAGUAGUUUUGAUAGUUGAAUGGGCAGUUGCAUAUACUCAGUCAAUAGAAUGGAAGGCAAAAUGGCUAAAAAUAUGGUCAAAUUGAGCAACAGAAUUGGUUUUAAGUAGAACUCGGUCAGCAAAAUCGCCAAUACGUAAAAUGCAUCCAGACUACUAACUUUGUUCCUGUGUAAUUCUGUAAGUUUUCCAUUAACUUUAUAUUUUUUGGUGUCAUUACCUUCAGGAAAAGAUUCUACCAUUUCAUUUUCUUUUUUUUCAAAUGUGGACACUGAGCCUUUUUAAUUUCAGAAGUCUGGUGGACAGUGAGAGUCAAAUGACAGUCUUCUUAAAUGGACAUCCCCUUCCCCAGUAAUCCAUUAAAUUGAGGUUUCAAUGCAUUUAAGUUUAUGAAAGAUAAGGUGAAUCAUAGAAUAGGUGAAGAAAAGAAGAUAGCUAAAGGAUUGAGAUUCCUUUGUAAAGUAGAUUCAUCGUUGUUGCAAAGAGAGUACUGUACCAGAGUAUAAUGGUCUAACAUUUGGAUGGGUAUGAGGUGAGGAGGAGGUUGGAGAUAAUGGAGUUAGGUUUGAAACAAGUGUGCUGUAAAUAUAAUACAAGAGUAUGAAGUAAGGACAUUCAAGAGAUCUGCUAAAGGGAUUUGAAAUGAAUCAAUGAGUGUUUGGCGAGAUGGUAAGGUUAUUAAGAAAGAAUAGAGUAGGACAGGCUGAAUGAGAGGGCACGUAAGUUUGGGAUGGAUGGGAGGUGUUGUAGAGGACAUUCCAGGAAGGGUCAGAAGAAGGGUGUGAAGAUAAUUUUGAAAGAUGGGGUUACAGCAUUUAUCCAUCAUAUGUAAGCAUGUUAGAUCUGAGUUAGUAAAGAUAAGUGGCCUUUGCUAUUUGACAUACUGUUGAAGUAUGACCAAGGUAAUAUUCAUGAAUGGUUUAAGGCAAACAGGUUAGCUGGACUUGAGUUCUGGAGGAAGUAUAGUGACUACACUGUGGAGGAUGGGUGGAAUUGAUGUGGUUCCUCAGAGUAUUUUAAUUGUGUUCAUACACUCAUUGAAAGACAGCUAGGAAAUAAGGGCUAGUGAAUAUGGAUUAUCCUGCCUUUGUGAGAAAUGGGCAGUAUGUUGAAAAAAAGUGACAGGAUAGUAACAUUACACCUGCCUGGACAGUUGCUGCCUACCAUCCUCUUAUUGUUUUCUAUUAUGAUUAUUAUUUUAUCAAGAAUCAAACCUCUUCAUACCUAUUAUAGUAAUAGCAAUAAUAUAUAAUAGUAAUACACUUUUAAAUUAGUAUAUCUUCUAGUCUCUGCACUAAUAAAUAGGAAAAUUUGAAAUACAUAGUUUAUUACUGAGGAGGAGGGGAAGGGUUAGGAAAAAUAAGAAAGUGGUGGGGAAGAUUUAUGAUAUCUAUAUAUUUAUAUUUAUAUAUUUAUAUUAUAAGGUAUACUCUACUGGGAUUGGAGGUAGGUAGGUAAUACCUCAAAACUUACCUAGUUACUGGUGAAACUUAAUAUUGCAGUAUGAUGUUUGUGCCAUAGGAAGGGUGUAUAAUGAGUGAAAUAUGUAGCCAAGCUGGCCAGCAACUAGAAAGAGCUUUUAUAUUUAUGACAACCACACAAAACAAUCCCCACUUGUAUAGCGAGUUGAUGCUACAAAAAGCAACUCGUGGAUUUAGGUAGUACUUGAUAAACAAUGUGUGUUUACUCAGCGUUAUGAACUGAUGAGCUUGUGGUAUGACCAAAGUGAUCUUGGUCAAGGAGUACUGAGGCUAGCUGUAAAUAUUAUAGCAAACUGCAUGCAAGUCACACUAGUGAAAUAUACUAUACAUAUUUAAUGACAAAGAGAUUUACACUAAUGUACUUCUUUACAAGGCAGCUUAUACUAGAAAACUCCAGCCUGUUACUCAGCAUGUCUCCUAGAUAGAUAUUGUUCAUUUUGUUUAUAGUCUGGAUAAACAGUAAAUAAACCUGAUAUCAGAAUUGCCUGGUCCAAGUCUUGCCUGAACUGUCUUAUUAAUGAUCAGAACAAACUUGAAUUGCUUUUGUGACCAGUAGCCAUCAACAUCAGUCAUAUUUGGUAUUCAUUAUAUUCCAGUAGUUCCUGUAGCACUCUUCUUUAAAUAUCUGGUUAAUGUUAGUUUUUCACGUGUUAAAGGUAAAAAAGUUUUUUGUGAAUACGUACAGUGGAACCUCGACUUACGAGUGCCCUAACGUAUGAGUUACAGGCCAUCACUCGGUUUAUUUUUCGCUCUGAGUUACGAGCCAAAAUCCAAGUUACGAGCGAGCUUCAGAAUGCUGCCAGUAGUUGGUGCAGCGAACGCCACAACAUCCGCUCAGCAGUGCACGUGUUUACCUCACCGUGGAAGCAUUUCUCUUGUGUUGCGCUUGCGUUUUGUGCAGUUAUUUUUGCCAAAUUUCUUUUUUCUAACCAUGGGUCCUAAGAAAGUAAGUGCAAAGGACGGUGCUGAGAAGAAAGAGGAUGAUGUCCAUUGAAUUAAAAAAUUAAAUCAUAGAUAAAUACGAGUGAGGUGUGCGGGUUGUGGACUUGGCCAGGCAGUACCGACGUAGCACUUCUACGUACUACUUUAUAAAACCAGUUUAUUUCUUUACAUUCUCUGUUAUUUUUAUAUAGCCAGACUCGAGUCCUGGAAAUGGGAAGUACAGUGCCUGCACUCUAAAGGAGGGGUUUCGGGAUAUUAGCAGUUUGGAGGGAUAUGUUGUGUAUCUUUAUACGUAUAUGCUUCUAAACUGUUGUGUUCUGAGCACCUCUGCAAAAACAGUGAUUAUGUGUGAGUGAGGUGAAAGUGUUGAAUGAUGAUGAAAGUAUUUUCUUUUGGGGGAUUUUCUUUCUUUUUUGGGUCACUCUGCCUCGGUGGGAGACGGCCGACUUGUUGAAAAAAAAAAAAUCUCUGUUAUGUUUUAUUAUGUUUUUAUACAAUAUUUCUUAUUUAUAAUUACAUUGUUUCACUGUUUUCCUUAUGAAACUAGUGAUCUAGUGCAGUUAGCCUCACAAACACUCCAUUUUCAGAAGGGGAAGAAUGGGAAGAUAUGGUCAGAGCAGGAGCGGGAGUGGCUGCCACCACUCGUCACAUAAUGACAACAUAUUUUAUUCAUUCUAGAGUAUAUAUCAUGUUUCUAUGUUAUUUACAGUGGACCCCUGGAUUACGUAGACAUCGGAUUUCGUAAUAUUCGGAAUAAGUAAGGUUUUUCGUCAAAAUGUUGGCUCGGUGAUCAUCAUUGAACUCUGUAAUAGUCAUUCGUCACGAACGUGUCCAUGCACUGACACACUAUUUACAGCCAGUGUACCAUUGUUUAUCAGCCAGUGAGGAUGAUCCCCACGUUCAUACGAUACAUUUUGUAUUAUUCCAUUCUUUUUAGUGCUUGCAACUGCUAAAUAAGCCACUAUGGGCCAAAAGAAAGCUCCUAGUGCCAGACCUUCAGUAAAGAACCGAUAAACACGAUAGAAUUCAAGAAAGAACACACUAGCCAGGGUACUUCUCCCACACACACACCAGCCAGGGUACUUCCCUAUGCACACCAGCCAGGGUACUUCCCUAUGCACACCAGCCAGGGUACUUCCCUAUGCACACCAGCCAGGAUACUUCCCUAUGCACACCAGCCAGGGUAGUACCGCACACACCAGACAAGGUACUUCCCCCCACACAUGAUAUGAUUUGAGUGGGACUUGCGCACGAGUGAAUAGAAUUGUCAAAGCUUAUUGCUUGGGAAGCAUUGAAAAUUGGGUUGGGCAAAUAUGAUUCUGUUAGUGGGAUGGUUUGUGAAGGAACUGCCUAGUAUGGGCCAACAGGUCUACUGUAGUGUUCUUGCUUUCUUAUGUACAUCGGCCAGGGUACUUCCCCACACACCAGCCAGGGUACUUCCCCACACACCAGCCAGGGUACUUCCCCACACACCAGCCAGGGUACUUUC